AUGGCGCUCAAGACCGGGGCUAUUAUUCACACCGCAAACGCCGGCAGUGCAUCAUCGCCAUCAGAUUCAAAGAGUCAAACCUACCUCACCACUUUCAAAAACAAAACACCUAUAAAAAUGCACCUGCUCACCCGCACCCUCUGCCGACUGCCCCCCACCACAAUCCCGCUCCCUCCAACCAUAAUCUCACUCUCUAGAUCUUUCCAUAAUACCCCCAUCUCAAUGGACCGCAAAGUUCUCGUCUGCUCCAUCGGCAACCCAGGCGCCUACCUCCCCACGCGCCACUCCGCCGGCCACACCAUGACCACCCUCCUACGCGACACCCUCGGCCACACCCGCUUCUCAAAGAGCAAACCGCACAGCGGCGACCUCGCGACCCACGACGCCGACCCUACCUACACGCUCUGGCAGAGCAAGUCGCUGAUGAACAUCUCCGGCGCGGGCGUCAACCGCGCGUGGCGCACGUUCCUGUCGGGGCUCGACGCCGCGGAGCGCGACCGCGCGGUGCUGGUCGUCGUGCAUGACGAGAUGGAGGUGGCGCUGGGCGCCGUCAAGGUCAAGAGGACGGGGAGCGCGGGGGGCCAUAAUGGGCUUAUUAGUGUGAUUGCGGCGUUGGGGACGAAGGACUUUACGCGGAUCGGUGUUGGCAUUGGGCGCCCGGUGAGCCGCGAUAGCCAGGUGGUGAGCGACUAUGUGCUGGGCAGGUUCACGGCGGCGGAGAAUAAGGUUCUCAAGGACAAGUCACUACCGCUGGUGCUGCAGAAGCUGAAGGAGAUUGCUUCAGCGCCAUAG